AAUUUCCGAUUGUUUGUAAACAGGUUUAGAAAUCAUAACUAUUUCAAUCAGUUCUUAAGGGAAAAUCACUAGCAUAUGAUGUCUUUUUAAUGUUCUUGUGUAUACCUUCGAAAUAUUCCUAAUAAGUGUUCCAGUGCAGUUAUUUUUUAGUUUAAGUUAUUUAUUCACGAUCUCAUUUUAAGGAUCUUAUAUAGAAUGAUUGUACAUCUAUUAGUUACACAGUUGUUAAUUGUAUCGAUAAAAUACUCGUAUGUAUCAAGUCAGUCACCAUCGCCCUGUCCAGAUGUUUUUUCUUAUGAACAAAAGGACGUCGACGAAGACAGAUGGUAUGGUACUAUAUCUCUCAAAACUCUCGAAGACCUUACUGGAGUUUGGAUAACUAUUCAGCUGGACAAGCCGGCAGAGAUUUUAGGGAAUUGGUUUGGGGAUACAGUCUCCAACGAUAAUGAGGAAUUCCGAAUAUCAAAUCCGAACUAUAAACUGGAAGCUGGGCCUCCGAUCUCCGUUAGAUUUUUUGUGAAAUAUGACAGAUUCAAUGGCAUUCCAAGCGUUCAAGGAAUAAGACUGAAUGGAAAGGUAAUUUGUUCAGCUGAGAGAGAUGACAGCGAGUUGAGGCCUACCACUCCUAAGUUGCACAUAAGUCGGCCAGGGACUACGAAAAGACCUGUGACUUCGAGUAGUUCAGUUAACAAUAGACCAAUAUAUACAUCCGGAAGCAAGCCAGGAAGGAGACCUGUGGAUAGGGAAACUGGAGAUAUACCAUCAAAUGUCAAAGUCAGUAACAAGCCAAAUACCAGCAAUUUAAUUACAGGAGACGUUUACGAUCCACCAUCAUACAGACAACCCGAUGAAAAUAGUCAAGGAUUAGCUUCGAAUAGAGAUAACAGGCUUGAUACAAGACCUAGCACUUCCAAUUAUAAUACAGGUACUUACUCCGACAAAGGAUCUACAAGUUAUGACGAGCUGUAUGAAAAUAACCAAGGGCACUUCUCUGGAUCGUUGUCAAGACCUAGUACUUCGAAUGCGAAUAACAGAAUUACUUCUGGUGGAAAUAGUAACGGUAACACUCUAUCUGUGUCCGAUAACGAAGAUGAUGACUUUUUCCCUGGAGACUUCGCCAAUAUCAAAAGACCAGCCCAAAAUAAGCCAGCUUCCAGACCGCAUACAUUAUCUGUUACCACAGAAAGUGGUUGUGGUAUCGUUGCAGCUAGGCCUAGUCCACUGAUUACCAAUGGACAUGAUACAACCCCAGGUCAAUGGCCAUGGCAUGCUGCCCUUUAUCACUCUAAAGGAUUUCAAUUAUUGUACAUUUGUGGAGGAACGCUUAUAUCGCAUCAACACGUUGUAACUGCAGCUCAUUGUGUUACUAAACUACGUUCCAAUAAAAUUUUAAAUGUUGAGAGUGUUUUGGUAUAUCUAGGUAAAUACGAUUUAGUAACAUUUGGUCCAGAAGUUCAAGAUCGCAGUGUUUCCGAUAUUUUCAUUCAUCCUGAAUACAAUCAUUCCGUUUACUUCAAUGACAUAGCAGUCCUCAAACUCUCAAGGCCUGUGGAAACCACCAAUUUCGUUCGACCUUGCUGUUUGUGGGCAGAAGAUACUAGUUUAGAUAGUGUUAUAAGUAGACCAGGUACCGUCAUUGGAUGGGGUUACGAUGAAAGUAAAAAGUUAUCCAAUAAACUCAUGCAAGCCCAAAUGCCGGUUGUGUCAACUUCUACAUGCAUUUUCUCAAACAGAGAAUUUUUUUCCCAAUUCACAUUUGAAAAAAAUUACUGCGCGGGUUUUAGAAAUGGUACUUCGGUAUGCAAUGGAGACUCGGGAGGGGGCAUGGUGUUUCCUAAGACAGGAACUAGAGGGCAGAACACAGUUUGGCAGCUGAGAGGAGUUAUUUCUGUUAGUGUAGCACUUCAAGGUCAUGGAGUGUGCGAUACGUCACAAUAUAUACUUUUCACCGACGUUGCCAAACACUUGUCUUGGAUAAAACAAACAAUGUCAUAUUAGACUUCCAACAAUAAACACAUUGACGUAUCAGUAUUCUUUUCACGGCACUGCAGUUUCAUGGCAGUUGGUAACGUGAUGGAAAAUUGACGAAUCAUCUAGCGGGAACCAACAAAGAAAUAAUUAAACAGCUAUUUGGGGAAGAUAUUUUCAUGUGAAUGGAUUUAAUUCUAUCAACACGUUUCGCGCCUUGUAGCCACCGGUGGAUAGUGUUAUUUAAUCCCAACAGCAAAUUACCUUCUGAGGCCACGUUCACCUGUAGUUACAGAAAACAAUACUGAAGAAACACAAUUUUCAUUGAAAAACAACAAAAACAACAUUCAACAUAAAUACCUGAAUAUUAAAAAAAAACAGUCCCAAAAAUGAAAUUUUGCAGUAUUCACAGGUAUGCAUCGACGCUAAAGGUGUGAUUCCUUAAAUUUUCGAAUAUGAUGUCAAAUUCAGGGUGUAUAUGUAAUAAAUUUAUAAAGUAUAGAUUCAUUCUUGUUUUACAUAUCUGCUGAAAAAAAGUUCUCACUUCAGAUUUCAUGCAAUUGGAAGUGUCUGUUAUCCGCAUUUUUUCAGCAGGUUGAUGUGAUUGUAAUUUUUCGUAAAAUGAGUAGUGAUUAUACUAAGCAUGUGUGAUAAAAAUGAGAAAAUGUGAUCAGGGAUGGAAAAUUAUAAGAGAAUUAGUGA